AUUCUUUUCUUUUAAACUCAGCUUCCCUUUCUAGAAUCCUGCAAUAAAAAGACUCAAACUUUUGUUCCUGCCAUAUUUAUAUUUGCUGUGCUUGCUCAGUCACACACACAUACACACAGAAUGUGUGUUCUUGUGUGUGUACAGAGGCAGAGGGUGUAUUUGUGGAGCACUGGAGUCAUUUUUUUUACCUGAAUAAAUAGUUUAACCAGAGCUCAAAUUUCAAACGCAAACACAGACAUCUACCCACACUUGACACUGCUGAGAGCAAUUAAUGCUGAGUCAGAGACUAACAUAAUACAAUUGGUUCUUCCUCUGUUUCUUUAUUAGUUUUUUGUCUCUGCUGUGUGCUGGUGCUGUUGCUGAUUAUGUUUGCAUUUUCAGAUGAAAUGGGCAGCUGAGAUUCCAGAUAAGUAAUCUCGGUAGUCUUGGUUAUGGGGUGUGUUCUUGGGAAAAGGGCCACCGGGAAAAGAGAAGCUCGCCGGAAGCACAAAAAUGAUGAACGGCGGGGUUCAGAAUCGGCCACCGCGACGGUGCAGGACGGGGGCGUGGUGGGCCGUGGAGAAGAGAAGAAGAUCGAAGAGGCUCCGGUUGAAAUGGUAGCGACGGCGCCAGCUCCAGCGGCAGCUGUAGUGGCUCUGCCGGAGUUUCGGCUGAAAAGGGGCGUCUCCGCCGGUGGUGAGGGGUGGCCCUCGUGGCUAAACGACGUUGCUGGCCACGCCAUAAAGGACUGGAAACCCCGCCGUGCCAACACCUUCGAGAAGCUUGAGAAGAUUGGGCAAGGGACAUAUAGCAAUGUGUAUAAAGCCAGGGACUUGAUCACAGGGAAGGUAGUGGCCUUGAAGAAAGUAAGGUUUGAUAACUUGGAGCCGGAGACGGUGAGGUUCAUGGCGAGAGAAAUACUCGUGUUGAGAAGGCUGGAUCAUCCCAAUGUAAUUAAGCUUGAAGGUCUGGUUAUAUCCCGGAUGUCGACCAGUCUUUACCUCGUUUUCGAGUAUAUGGAGCACGAUCUUGCUGGCCUUGCUGCUGUCCAAAGUGUCAAGUUUACUGAGCCCCAGGUCAAAUGCUAUAUGAAACAAUUGCUUUCAGGUCUGGAGCACUGCCACAACAAUGGUGUCCUACAUCGUGAUAUUAAGUGCUCUAAUCUGCUCAUUGACAGUGAAGGAAUCUUAAGAAUAGCUGAUUUUGGUCUAGCUUCCUUUUUUGACCCCGAGCGUAAGAGACCAAUGACAAGUCGUGUUAUCACCCUUUGGUACCGUCCUCCUGAACUUUUGCUUGGGGCCACUUAUUAUGGUGUUGGUGUUGAUCUAUGGAGUGCUGGCUGUAUUCUGGCAGAAUUGCUUGCUGGGAAGCCUAUAUUGCGGGGACGAACGGAGGUUGAGCAACUGCACAAGAUAUUCAAAUUAUGUGGUUCUCCAACUGAGGAGUACUGGAAGAAAUCCAGAUUGCCAAAUGCUACUCUUUAUAAACCGCAGCAGCCUUAUAAAUGUUGCAUAGCAGAGACAUUUAAGGAUUUUCCGCCAUCUGCUCUUGCUCUCAUAGAAACUCUUCUUGCCAUUGAUCCUGACGCACGCGGCACUGCCACUGCAGCAUUAAAUAGUGAAUUUUUUACCACUGAACCAUAUGCCUGUGAGCCAUCAAGCUUACCUAAAUUCCCUCCAAGCAAGGAAAUGGACAUAAAAUUGAGAGGUGAAGAAGCCAGAAGGCAACGAGGUUUAGGUGCAAAACCUCACGCCAUAGAUGGAAAUAGACGAGUGAGAGCCCGUGACAAAUUCAGCCGUGCAGUUCCGGCUCCAGAAGCAAAUGCAGAGCUCCAGACCAACUUAGACAGAUUGAGAAUCAUGUCGGACGCUAAAGCCAAAAGCAAGAGCGACAAAUUCCCACCACCGCAUCAGGAUGCAGCCGUCGGCCACCCUCUCGAUGCAUCUCAAAACGGCCCCGUGUCGUUUGAUGCAGCCGAUGCUUCAUUCACCGCCUCAAUCUUCGACCCAAAGGCUUCACGGUCCCUUCGAACCACCACGCCAAAAAAUGGAUCAUCAAGGAGGAAAAACUCAAAAGAUGAGCCCCAAAGGGCUCCGACCCGGAGCUUCAUCAAUGCAUUCCAUCCAUCGUCUGCUGGUUGGGAUUUCAGGUUCGGCCGCAGACGAACCAUAUCAGAGAAUUUCAGCGAACGAAGGUAGGAACAUGAGGUGUAGACAAAUUUUGACACUUCGGGUGUUUUUGGCAUCAAAAGUUGUAUUGAAGGUAAUUUGUUUGAUUCUCAACUCUGUAUCAUAAUUGGUGUUUUGUGUAUAAUGAAGAAAAACAUAGCAUAUUUUUUCAGAAACUGGUGGAGAAUGGUUUGUAGUUGGACAACUGAACUCCCAACUUUUCUGUACAGUUGAGGGGCUCCUGCCUCAUGAGGAUUCAUUUUUACUAUACCUCUGUUCCU